UGUCAAAGCAAAGCGACUAGCGUAGAAGCAGCAAGAGUUCAAAGAAAGUGUGAAAAUUGUUUUGAUAAGCUUCUCAAAUCUUCGCUUGAAUUGGAUGGCAACAGAUAUGUAUGACCUUAUUGGUUAAAACAGACGCAUAUGCAUAACAAUACGCGAAUGUUCGGCGUUUCGCCAAUAAUGCUUGUAUUCAGCCAACAAUGUAUCGGGGACCGCCAAUCGCCGUGAUGUACGAGAAGGUUGCCUAGAGUGAGAUGUAUGUACUGCUUUGAAAUCAAAAAUGAGAAGUAAAACUCUACUUUCCUCGCCAUCAUUAUCGAUUAUACCUCUUUUUACACAAAAUGGCUUCUGCAAUUCGUGCAACGAUGCCAAUGCGUAUGCGUGCAAACGUAGGCACAACAGCAAUCCGCCGUACAGCUGGCAGUCAAGUACGCAUGUCAGCUCCAAAGCCAUGUCGUGCUUAUAGCACAUCACCACAAGGUGGAAAUUCGGGUGGCUCACCUGCAAGUGGAAACAAUGUGAUCAUCGGUGUUGGUGUUUUGGCAGCUGCAGGAUUGGGAUUCUACUUCUACAACCAAGAAGGAAAGAAGGAUAUCUUGGGCGUUGGAGCAGGACGUGCUGAGAACAAAUUGACGGGAUCAAAAGGAAAGGCAAAUCCUGCAAACGGAAUCGGAUCUUUCCAAGAUUACCAACAAGUUUACAAUGACAUCGCUGAUCGUUUAGAACACAACCCUGAAUACGACGAUGGAAGUUAUGGACCAGUCUUGGUUCGUCUUGCUUGGCAUGCAAGUGGAACAUACAACAAAGAAGACAAGAGCGGUGGCAGUAACGGUGCCACAAUGCGUUUCGCACCUGAAGCCAAUCAUGGUGCAAAUGCAGGUCUUUUGGCCGCACGAGACUUUUUGGAACCAAUUCAUGCAAAACAUCCAUGGAUCACUUAUUCCGACCUUUGGACAUUGGGUGGCGUGGCUGCUGUGCAAGAAAUGGGCGGACCAAAGAUCUCAUGGCGUCCCGGCCGUAGUGACAAGGAGCAGGAACACUGCACUCCAGAUGGACGUUUGCCAGACGGUGACAAGGGCUCAGAUCACAUCCGUUUCAUCUUCUACCGUAUGGGCUUCAAUGAUCAAGAAAUCGUUGCUUUGAGUGGAGCACAUGCUUUAGGAAGAUGCCAUACUGACCGAUCCGGAUUCGAAGGUCCAUGGACACAUUCUCCUAUCAGUUUCACAAACGAAUACUACAACCUCUUAUUCAACGAGAAAUGGAGUUUCCGUAAGUGGGGCGGACCAAAGCAAUACCAAGACAAAUCAACAGGUGGUUUGAUGAUGUUGACAACCGAUAUGGCAUUGGUACAAGAUUCAAGCUUCCGUAAAUAUGCCAAUCAAUACGCCGAAAGUGAAGAUAAAUUCUUUGAAGAUUUCAGCAAGGCAUACGCCAAACUUCUCGAACUGGGUGUUCCAGAGGAAAACUUUAAGAAGUUUGAAACUGCUUUGGAUGGUGGACGACCAUUCCAAUUCAAAUCAACUGCUGAGCAAGAGAUUGAGCAAUCCAAGAAGUAAAGUAGAUAUCCAUAGACAGCGAUUCAAAUGUAGAUAGACUGAAGUUUCAAUAGAUAAUCAUAGAUGACCAAUGAUUCCAGAGUGAGGUUAUGUAUGAAGUCGAUCAUUAGAAAUGAU